UGCAGAGCAGAGACACACCCACCAACCCAGCCGAAUAAUCCGCGCACUUGCCUACGCUCUCCCGCCGCCAGCCGAAGCGACACCAUCAUUGCGACCGACAUACAUACGCGAUCACUGCCCCUCAGAACAUCGUAACAGCCGCGCAAGCCGGCACUGUCACUGGCACUGGCGUAGCAACUUGAGGUUCUUCGAAGGCUUCAGCGCUCAAGAUGGCGCGAGUAUACGCAGAUGUCAACCAACAGAUGCCGCGCGCAUACUGGGACUAUGACAGUGUGAACAUCAGCUGGGGCGUCCUGGAGAACUACGAAGUUGUGCGAAAAAUCGGUCGCGGAAAGUACAGUGAGGUUUUCGAGGGCGUCAAUGUCGUCAACUACCAGAAAUGCGUCAUCAAGGUCCUGAAGCCGGUCAAGAAGAAGAAGAUUAAGCGUGAGAUUAAGAUCCUGCAAAACCUGUCUGGCGGACCCAAUAUUGUUGCACUCCUCGACGUUGUCCGAGACAGCCAGUCCAAGACACCAAGCUUGAUAUUCGAGCAUGUCAACAAUACCGACUUUCGCACACUAUACCCCAAGUUUCUGGACUACGAUGUGCGCUACUAUAUUUACGAGCUUCUCAAGGCUCUGGACUUCUGCCACAGCAAAGGAAUCAUGCAUCGAGAUGUGAAGCCUCAUAACGUUAUGAUCGACCAUGAGAAUAGAAAGCUUCGUCUCAUCGACUGGGGUCUCGCCGAAUUCUAUCAUGCAGGAACCGAGUACAACGUGCGAGUUGCAAGCCGCUACUUCAAGGGGCCGGAGCUCCUUGUCGACUUCCAGGAGUACGACUACAGUCUGGACAUGUGGUCGCUGGGCGCAAUGUUUGCCAGCAUGAUCUUCAGGAAAGAGCCCUUCUUCCACGGAAACAGUAACAGCGAUCAGUUGGUUAAGAUUGCCAAGGUUCUUGGCACCGAAGAUCUCUUCGACUAUCUCGACAAGUACGACAUCGAACUCGACGCGCAAUACGACGACAUCCUUGGCCGCUUUCCGAAGAAGAGCUGGAAUGCUUUCGUCAAUUCCGAAAAUCAGCGCUUCGUUAGCAACGAUGCUAUCGACUUCCUAGACAAACUUCUACGCUACGACCACCAGGAGCGGCUGACCGCAAAAGAAGCAAUGGCGCACCAGUACUUCGCGCCUGUACGACAAGCAGAGCAGAAUGAGCAGCAAAAUUCGAACAGUACUCACUCCUAGGAGACUCGUUUACCUUUCGUCGGAGAGGCAACAAGGGACGUGGCCAUGGGGGCAGGAACGCGGCCAGAUACGCCGCAUCCAUUCGCUUUGGAUCGACCCGGUCAAUCAUGAACCUGUAUUGCACGACGACAGAAGCAGAAGAUUGACUGCCACAAAUAUUACACAGAUCGAGAAUGGUCUACGAAGUACGAAGCAAUGGAUGAAGGUUGCAAUUUGGGCACUGCCAUGAUACCCUGUGCUUCGUUUGGGAAAUGAAAUGGUACGGAAAGGAAUCUACCAAGUCUCGGGAUGCUCUUAGCAAGGCGGCAGCUCGCUUUACCAUUACCAGUGACGGAAUCAAUCUUUGGGAACUCAACUUCUGACAAUGACUAGACAUAUCUUCAAUGCUGUCUCCUUUGUUCUGUAAGUAGGCAAUACUGAAGGCUAAGCUGCUGAGCUAAAUUUAUGCAGGUC